AUGGACGCUAAAGCCCUCGCUGACCAUCUAACCAACUUCUACUCUGGAAAGACAGCAGCACGUCGACUCGCCGAUGAUGAAGUUGCGGCAAACGUCAUGUGCAGGGUGUCCAUGGUACAAAGUGGUACUGUGCCGACAAGGCUGAGUGAGGCAUCAGGACGGCGCACGGCGUUCGUUGCCGGCCGAGAUACUGCCUGCCGCGUUCUGCCGUGCAAGUCACCGUAUGAUGUCCUGCUCGCCCUCGGUCUAACACGCGAGUUCAUCACCCUCAAGUGCGAGGUGGACAAGAAUCAUGCAUGGCUGUUGCUCUUCCAGGCCAAGAUUGUCGAAUGCGAUGACAGUCAUGGUGCUGCUCUUGCCCAGGCUAAUCCACAAGACGUGCCCGAUGACAAACCCGCAGACGCGCACUUGCCGAAGUGCGUGCCAGCAACGUGGAGUGGUAUCGUGGAGCUUUGCCGCCAGUUCUACCCCGGUGCCGUGCCUGACGUGAUGCGGCAUCUGAGCGAGUUCCGUGCGCGCUCAGUUGCCGAUUACGAGAAGGCGCACGGCGUGAAUUUUCUCUCAAUAAAACGAUCGCCCAGCCAGUUAAUGGACUAUAGCAGAUUCAUGGCACUUGCAGCUCCUCGCUCGGCCUGGCAAACGCGUCUUUUUCUCUACUGUGAAUUACGCCUCUUGGAGCUCUUCACUGGUCAAGGGUUUACGAAGAAUGAGUCGGAUGUUGUCACAGUGGGAAAUGAAGACCAUUAUCCGUGUCUCCGAGAAUACGUGUGUGAAAAUGCCGAGCUGGCCACACAGCUGAGCUCCGGUACGGCAUCUCUGGUCAAACUGCAAGUAGUACUGCCGGAUGAACUGCAGUAGUAAUUAUUACAAUGGUGAUGUUUGUUUGAAAAGGGUUUGCUCCCCACACUGGAGCUCAUGCUACUAGUAUUUGUUUGUUUGUUUGUUUGUUUAGCUUCAUUUUCUUUCACCAUAGGCACAGGAGAAAUGCCUUCUCACUGGGCGUAUUGCCACAGUUCUCGCAAAAUGAUGGAGAUGUUUUUUUUAUGUUCACCUUGAAGUUGAUUUUGAAGCAGUGAACUCA